AUGCCACCUCCCUCGUCACCCUCAGAGCGUCGAGAGGGAAACGAACAAAGAGGACUUUCGCACAAUGUGAGACGAUUUCGUAAUGCAUCCACCGAGUCAUUUCCUACGUUGAAUUCAUUAAAUGUUAUAUCAGAUCUCAUGUUGCGAGAUGAAAACUCCAUGCUGCGGCCAAAUGAGGAAAGGUUCUUUCGAGCUAGAAUUCUUCGCCAUUUUAAUGAUAUAAAUAGGCUACAGACUCAUUUCAAUAGACUAAUCAAUCGUGAAGGUGGCAACCAUCAAGCAACUUUGGAGCUAAAUAAUAUACCGUCACAGUUGAGAAAUUUAUCUAGAGAAUUAUCACGCUCAGAACGAAGGGAGGCGUACCUUGUCGAGUCAGGCGAGGACGAUGAUGAUGAAGAUGACCAGAGCUUUCACUACGAGGAGGACGCAAAUGCCGGGUUGGUUUACUACUCCGAUGAAGAUAACAAUGAAGAUGAAAUGAGUGAAAACGACGACGAAGAUAUUUCAGGGCUGCUUAUGGAGGAAUCUGGUAUAUCUGUCCAACCGCACGAGAGACUUUUGUUGACAUCGGCAAGAAGUCCUCAAACAGCUCGAACUCCUUUGUUGAAUUCAAGUAUACCACUAAGGCGACAGAAUGCAAUACGUAUAAGAAGUAUGUUGAAUACAGAGGAGAGCGACGGAACUAAAAAAAGUGAUUCCAGAGCCACCGAGACAUUAGAUUUAGAAGCUAAACUGUUACAGAAAGAAAUUCAUUCAGUUUUGGAAACCAUAGAGCGUGCAAGAAAUGAAUCUUCAUUGUUUCCUAGUAAUCUCCAUAAGCCGUUCAGCACUCGCUAUUUUUCCAGCUUGCAGGAUCACAUGCAAGGUUGUCUGCUUGACGGCAAUACAAGUGCUGACCAAAUGAUGGAUGAUUUUUUGUGGAAACGGGUCAAUAAAAUGCUCUUCCUUAGAAAACAGGUAGCACCCUCGCAGCCACCACCGCAGAGUUCUAAAAAACGGACAAAAAGGUAUGAUGGACCCAGUUCCAAACGUCAGAAAACAAACCCAACAGAAAACCCUGACUUGUUAGAAUUGAAUGUAGCUUCAUAUCCAUACACCCACAUUGAUAAGAACAUCUUGGUGGAUGGUUUGCAUUCAAGCUACUUCCAAUCGGGGUCUAGUUACCGCAUAAAUCUUGACUGUCCAGAACCAAACAUUUGUGAUAUCAAGUUUGGUAAUGUCAACUCGAUUAUAGAUGGAGUGUUCAAUAUAGAACCAGCGGGUAGCUUGGAAUCAUUGCUUUUGAAAUUGCACAAUUUUGCCAAAUUCUUUUGUGGAAUGUCCAAUAAUUCAUAUCAACUACCUAAAAACAAAAUACUCAUUAGAAAAUUGAAUGUUUUGGACAGAAUCUCUGUGGAUGAUAAUGUUUGUUUCAAAAAACUAAAUGUAAAUACCAUACACGUUCCAUUUACCGGAAAGGUGGUUGAUUUCAAAACCAACGAUUUGAGAUUUUUGAAUCUGGCAAAACCACUUUCGGCAAGGUUCAAUUCAAACAAAGUAAAAGUGCAGCUUUCUGAGUGGAUGAAAAUCAACCCUUUUGUUCAAUUUCGGGAAACGUUUUUUCACAAUUUUCUCCAACACUUGGAGCAAGAUUUAUCACACUUUUCAGAGAUUGGAAUUCGAAAGUCAAAAAAGACAGAAGCCCUACACUUGACAAAGGAGUUUAAAUCAAAUCUUUCUGAAAUCACAAAGGAUUUUGGUUACCUUAAAGAUACGCCAAUUUCAGAAUGCAAUGACAAAAGAAGGUGUAGACGUCACAAUGACAUUUUUGUAGAGGAUUGGGAAAGAAACUUGGCAUUGAAGUUGGCAGAAGUGGUUACCAAAGAGGAUUGUGAAACAUUGAUAAAUUUGCAACUCAAUUAUGCGUUAUUCACAAUUGAAGUCGACAUAUCAAAAUAUUUAGACACGUUUUUUAAUGCAAUUCUACUACACACAGAAGGUGAUUAUAUUGACAACUACAAAAAGGUUUACAACAAUAUCUUGAAAGACGAAGCAGAAAGCAUCACAGCCGUUCUCCUCUGCUCAAUCAACAAACAAACAGGGAAGCUCGAAGCUCACAACACUUUUCCCCACUUGUAUCAUAGACACAUGGCCAGGCAUUCUACUGGAAUCAUACUAACCACAAAUCCGGCUUUAAAUGAAAACACAGGAAGAAACACAUAUGUUUAUGAUGAUUUUGAUUUGUUUCAACAGCCAGCUCCUGUAAACUCGGAUACAUUCAACAUACAAUUUUUCAACAACCAGCCAGAAGAAACUAUUGACAAACUUACAGGAUACAUGACUCUGAAUCUACCAGUAUUCGAUACCGUAUAG